CGCGGUCACAGCGCCCCCUCGGGCCGGACCGGGCCGGGGCGGCGGCUGCGCAGGCGCCGGGGGCAGUUUGGGAAGCGCCGGAAACUUCGUGCUGAAGUUCCGAGCAGCGCCUGGCUCCGCAGCCCGAGCCCAGCCGCUCCCCGCGCGCCAUGUCGGGCUCCUCCAGCGUGGCGGCCAUGAAGAAGGUGGUGCAGCAGCUGCGCCUGGAGGCCAGCGUGAGCCGCGUGAAGGUUUCUCAAGCCGCAGCAGAUUUAAAGCAGUUCUGUCUGCAGAAUGCACAACAUGAUCCCCUACUGACAGGAGUGUCUUCAAGUACAAAUCCAUUCAGACCCCAGAAAGUCUGUUCAUUUUUGUAAUUUGGUGAACUAUCUUGGUCUCUUUCAGUGAUCUUCUAACACCUUUUCACAGCUGCUCUGUGUGGAGAGAAUGUGACUCAAGGAGUGCCUUGGUUUGAAGUCUGUACAAAAGCUUAGCCUUAACAAUGUGCCAAGUUAACUGUGUAAAUCGCUACUGUUGUCAAACCUCUUACCAUCUACCUCUCCAAAUGAACUGUGUGCUAGUUGCAAUAACUUCUACUUCAUGAGGGAAUCAGUUUUACAUACCAAGCAAAAAAUAAAAAUGUUUUGACUUAA